UAAUGGUUACAUUACAAGUUAAUGUAGUCAGAUUUUUUUUAUUAAAGUAAAGUAAAAUUUUAUUCGAUUUUACGAAUAUUAAGUUUGUAGAUAAAAAAGUUAAUCUAACAUAAAAAAUAUAUUAUUCAAUCACUUUAAAACCAUGUGCAGUACAUACACAUUUUAAAUAUGGAUAUUCGUGGUAUAGAGGUUACAAAUCAACUUAGGAGUGCCAUUCGUGCCAAGCUACUGGAACUUGGUGUUCGCUACGAUGAAGAAUUACCAGAUUACAUACUGGUUAUGGUUGUGAACAAAAAAACACGUCAACAGAUGCAUGAGGAUUUACAUUUGUUUUUAGAAAACAAUACUGCACCGUUUGUUGAUUGGCUGCAUGAUCAAGUACUAAAGAAACUACAAAAAGUUACAAUCGCAAAAAAGAAAGUGUCGAGGGAAUUUGUGCCAGCCGUUAUUAUAAAACAAGAAGAACAACGUAAAAAGAAUAAAACUACUACCUCGUUUUUAGAAGAUCACAAUACUAACGAUUUGCCAAACAAAUUAAUCGAUAAACCUUUGAAAGAAGAUAAAGAUAUUGAAAAUGAACCGACAAAGUCAGAAUUUCCAAGUGAAAGUAAUGAGCAACAAAAUUCCAAGAAUGACACUAAGGAAGCGGAAUUGAAAGAAAAAACUACAAUUUCAUCUACUGAGGCAGAGAAUUCAACUGUGAAAAAAAUCACAGUAAUCGACCAGCAAAAAUCAAAAGAGGUUUUAAAAUCAAGUAAAUCGCAACCUGAACCAGGAACUUCAAAACCAAUAAAUGAAACAGUCAAUCAUUCCGAGGUGAAUACAAGUACCGAAAACAGUGGAAAACGAUCUCAAAGUUCAAAUGAAGAGGAUGAUUUAAAUAAUUCGAAAAAAUUAAAAUCCAGUAUUGCAAAACCCAAAAUAACAUCUGUGGUUUCAGUGAAAAAUCGUUUGGGUAUUAUUUCGUUAAGCAAGAAAUCGGAUUCACACUCAGAUAGAGAAAUUUCGUUUAAAAAACCUAAACACGAAAGAAUAACGACAAUAUCAACUGAUGACCAUCCUCACGAAUAUACCGAUCGACGGAAUAAUUAUUCACGCUCCAAAAAUAUUGAAUUCAAUGCCGAUUCAAGAAAAAGUCGUAAUUUCGACAUGAAAAUACGAGACAAGACAAUUGAUAUCAAAAAUCGUCUUGGCAGUUUUCGUGAUAAUAAAUCAAGUCAAGAAACAAUUCGAGAAAUAAUACCCGAUAAAUCUGGAUUAACUAUAAAAAAUCGUCUCGGAAGUUCCAGCGGUAGUCGAGUGUCAUCGCAAUCUUCGACAAAAAAGCAAGAGACCAUCGACGAGAGAAGAAUAGACAGACACGAAAGGAGUAGUUUUCGUGGAAAAAAUGUUAAAUAUAGAUUAGGUCCAAUAAAGAAAACUUAUCGACUGAACGACUCUAGAAAUUCAAACCCUCAAGAAACAAGACUUUCGAAUUUUAAAGACACUAGAAAUUCAAACCAUAAAGAUAGAAAUUCCUUUCAAAAAGAAUUUCCCUUUAAAAGAUCUGGAAAUUAUUCAAAUUUAUCAUUUAAAGAUGAUGCAAAUAAUGAAGAUGUUGACGAUGACGACGACGACGACGAUAAGGAUAAAGCUGCUGUUAAUGCUGCACCAGUGAAAUCUCACAUUGUCGCGGUUCAAAAGCCAUCGACAGAAAAGUCUAGUCGAAAGAGAUUAAAAUCCAACGAGGACGUCAGCGAUGAAGAUGAGGAAGAAGUCAAGGAAUGCAAAGUGCCGAGUAAAGUUAUCGUGACACCGAGACCAUUAAAACCCUUGCCAUCAACACAGAAAAGAGCAACUCAAUCUUUAUUAUUAAGAGCUGUUGCUGAAGCCAAUCAAUCUGUGGUGUCGCAAAAAAAUCCAGAACCAUCUCUAGUGGAAGUAAAGCCCCCUGUUAAAAGAUUGAAACCAUCCGGAUCAUGGACUGGAGGUCAAAAUUUGUCAGUGCACUUGGAUUCGCAGAAGAGAUUUGUCAUGGAAAAUAUUCAAAUUGAAUUGACAACUGUUACUGGUAAUAAUGAGAAACCUUAUGAACCACAUCAAGUCACUGAUGAGCACAUAGGAGUUGUGAGGUCAUUAUUUCAACAAAGUAAUAACGAUCAAAAGUUUUUGGUCACACUGAAUGGAUAUAACAAUAAUUUGCCCCAAGAAAAAUCGUCUGAUGAAAAUGAAGAGAAUUUAGAUACAGAGUUAAACGAUUGUGAAGAGCAGGAAGAGUCUGUUUAUAACCCAAGUGCGUAUCAAGAAAAUGAAUCAGAUAUAAUUGCAUUUCACGUGUCGAAUACUGAGGACGAUGAUAAAGAAGAUGAUGAAUCGAGUAAUUCGAAGCUGAGUAAUAACGAUGAAAACCAAAAUACGGAAAAUAUCAACGAUACUGAAGAGCCGCCGAAAAAGUCCAGGAAAUUAAGUCCCAUAGUUUAUAAUAAAUCUAGAUCACCGACGCCGGAAAUAAGUACUAAAAAAUCGACCAUUUCAUCAGUAAUAAUCAGCACGGAGAAGAAAUCGAAAAUAAACACUGUCUCAGUGUCUCUUAAUUCACUGAUGGAUGAAAAAUGUCGAUAUUGGCCAAAUUGCACAUUAGGAAAAAAGUGUGCGUACAUUCAUCCGGACGUUCCUUGCAGCCUAUUUCCUACAUGCAAAUUCGGCGCCAAUUGCCAGUAUCUUCAUCCAAGAUGUAAAUUUGGAUUGUCAUGUACAAAAGCAGGAUGUAUAUUUUCACAUCCUCCGGAAAAGUGUAAAUAUCAUCCUUACUGUACAAAUCCUUCGUGUUCAUUUUCUCAUCCCUCAAUGGCGAAAUCAACGCAUUUGCCGCAAACGACUAGAAGAGACAAAUUCACCUGGAGAAGACAAAACUAAGUCAUAAAAAGAACAAAAGAAAAUUAUUAUUUAUUGCAUUUCUCAUUCGUGCGAACGGACUCGAAUUUCAUCCAGUCCACUAUGAUUAAAUAUAUUUCGAAAAGUCAUAAGACACAUUAUAAUUGAAUUUGUGUUUUUCAUAAUUUUUGCAAAUUAUCAAAUAUAAUAUCCAGUCAUAAUAUUUAUUAAAUAAAAGUUUCUUUUACGCAGUUAGUUUUAAACUGCUUUUUGAAAAACAUUUAAUUACAAAAUUAGAUAUUAUUAAUGAAAUUAUUUAUUUUUGAUUUAUUUUUGAUUCUUUAAACAAAUAUUAAUUUUCGAGCAUUGAUUAUAAAAAAAGUGUACUAUAGAAAAAGAGAUUUGUAAAAUUUGUCUUAUGACAUAGCUUUGUGCUGAAUAUUUCAAAGUAAAAUAUUGUAUUGAAAUUUGAAAUUAUAAUAAACGUGAAUUGAUUAGUCA